UGCAACUAUCAAGGGGUAUUACAGGGCGGAAGUUUUUGGAGUCAAUAAAAAAAUACUUCCGCCUAGAAAGAAAGUCAUUUAAACAAAGUGAUGAUACCCUGGUGCCAUCAUUACACAUUAACAUCAGACGAGUAUGGUGUUUAAGAGUUUACUGAUCGUUGUGUUUUCGGCGUGUGUUUGCUAUGGCACCCUGUCUGAUGUCUUUCUGGAUGAGGAAUGGGAGGAUUUCAAACGUGUCCAUGGAAAGGUCUACUCUCAGCUGGAGGAACCAGAAAGAAAGUUGAUUUGGAGACAGAACCUUGAUUUCAUCAAUAAACACAACAUAGAGGCCGACUUGGGACACCAUAGCUAUCGGCUGGGAAUGAAUAAAUAUGGUGAUAUGGUAAGAUGUAUUUUUGUUUUUGACUCGUUUUACAUCCAAAAGUACAUUUUGUGGGAUUUAUUAACUUUGAAUAGUUCUAUGAAGUGCUCAUUCAUAACAUAUAAAAUGCCUCAAAGUUUUGUUUUUAAUUUAAAUGAAGCUUCUUGUAAUUUAGAAAGCCAUGGAUGUCAAGGGGGGUUACCAGAAAAAGCCUUCAAAUACAUCAAAGAUAACGGAGGAAUUGAUACAGAAGAGUCCUACCCGUAUGUUGGCAAGGAUGAAUUCAAAUGCAAGUACAGGCCAUCCGGAGUUGGGGCUAAAUGUACAGGUAUGGUACAUAUUCCCUCUGGAGACGAACUAAAGCUUCAGAAGGCAGUGGCUAGUGUUGGCCCGAUCUCGGUUGCUAUUGACGCCAGUGUGAAGACGUUCCAUUUGUAUAAGGAGGGUGUUUACAAUGAAAAGAGAUGUAGAACACGCAACCUUGACCACGCCGUGUUGGUUGUUGGGUACGGUGUGUAUCAAGGACAGGACUACUGGCUUGUGAAAAACAGCUGGAGCAAAUCUUGGGGGAUGGAUGGCUACAUAAUGAUGUCCAGGAAUAAGGACAACCAGUGUGGAAUCGCAAGUGAAGCCCUGUAUCCCACGGUUUAAUUGACAACAUGCUCACUUCGAGUUCACGCAUGUUGGAAUAAGGAUAAUUAAACUAAAGAAUUUUCUUACCCACCCACCCACCAAUGUCACUUGCUUUUAAGAUUUAACUCACAUUACUAGUAUUUUCUGGUUUUCUUUUUAUGUACACCAACUGUUAUUCGUCUCAUUUUCUAUUCGCGAUUUGGCAUAUUAAAAUCAAUCAGCGACGCAAAAGUUUUGCAACGUUAGUAACAUUUUCUAUAAAUACACAGUAAUAUAAAUGAUUUUUGAUGAUAAAUAUUCGUGAGCAUAAGAUUGUAAAACACGUUGAUGUUUAUUUUACGCAAAUAAAAAAAUUGUUUUACGACUUUA